AAGUGAAUCACACUCGAAAACACUGCCGCGGACGCAACAACGAAACGAGCAGCUCCGCGCUGGUUUUUCGAAAAAUUUCCCGUUGAUAAAAUCGCACAAAAAUCUCGAUAUUGAUAUUUUCGCGAAACAAAACAAAAAAAAAUUAAAGAAAAUAUCAACUAAAAAUAUAUUAUCAAAAGGAAAUAGAUAGAUAUAGCGGCAAAAGCUAAUCGGGUCGAGAUAAUGCCGCUGUUCUCCGCGGAUUGUGGCUACGAAAACGAAUGAAAACGAGAAUACGAUUGUGAGUUGUGAGUGAGCGUGUAUCUGUGUGUCGGAUGUAUCUGAAUACCGUUGGAUACGUUUUAUGAAUGAGCCACGAGCGGGGCAGAACGUGAACGAAAUUUUUGUCAGAGAACCAACCCAAGUCGAAAAUCGGGGAGAAAGAAAUGCGAUAAACAGACGCACACACACAAAAACCAACAAAAAAUAAAGAGAAUCGAAACGAUAGCAAAGCUUCCCCAAUAAGAAAGAAAACGUUUGUUUUGCUUCAACAACAGUAAUAGCAACAAUAACAAUAACAAAUACGAAAAAGAGAGAAAAGUAUCUUGGAUGGAUAGCCGAAGUUUUAAGUACUCUUUGAGAUACCUACUCCAUACUUACGUACACCGUUGUUAAGGCUUAUCAGUUAGAGUGAUGUAUAUUUAUGUGACAUAUGGAUAAGAUCUUGACCAUUCCGAGAUACUUGCAUGUUUCCUAUUGAAGCAAUAAUACCCUUUGUUAGCGCAUAAACUGCGGAAGCGAGCACGGAAAUUGCAAUUGCAAUUGCAAUGAAAACAAACGCAUCGUUUGUCACACAUCUGGCUCUCACAGCACAGUAUUUUUUGGCUUUAAUUUCGCGCGUUGCCCCCCGCCAGCACCCCAAUAAUGGGUUCCCCUUUUGAAAAAGAGAGAAACAAAAUAUGAAUUACAGGGAAAAAUAUAAAGUUAAAUAGUGCAUAAAAAUCAGUUUUCUUUGCGGCUCGGUUCCGUUUCGAACAAAUAUUCUGGUGUGUGUGUGUGUGUUGUUGCUGUUACUGUUUCCCUCUCUCUCUAUCUCUGGCCCCCCAAAUAGAGAACGCGUGUGCUUUUGUUUUUUUGUCGAUUACUAAAUUUUGUUGGUACGCCCCAUAGAAAAAAAACAUGACGAAAUUUUGUUGUUGAAAACGAGCGCACAACAAUAGAAAUAAAAGUAAAAGUGAUUAGAAGAAAAUAGAAACCACAAUUCAUGGUAUAUGUAUGAAAAUAUCAGAUAUAUAGUGCAUGAAGUAUACAAAAUAAAAUUCUAUUUGGUGUUUAUGGAAUUAAACAAAGUGUUGUGAAAUACAAAAUUACAGACCGGAGCGAAGCGGAGAAGAUACUACCAGACCAGUCUCAACGAAAGGCAGCUGCAAACGCAUCUAAGAAAAAGUCGUCGUCGCUGCCAGGUUUUUGGAGUCGGACAUUUUUGCAUGAAAAUUGCAACCAAAAAGAAUAACACUCCAUGGCCAUACGACAAUGUCCAAUGCUCGCGAGCUGGCAUUGAUCGAGAAAUGGGCUGACAUUGCCACACCGGCGACGCCGACGCGGCCGACUCUAUCGCCGACUUCGCCGCGAUCCAUUGUCAAGUUCUGCUGCUGUCCGCAGCGGAGGCGCUACGAUCUGAGGCAGCCGAAGAGCAGCAGCGGCAGCAAAAAUACGCUGCAUGCCAGAAAUAUAUUCGUUGAUAACGAUUUUACCUAUAUUGAUGAUGUGGCACGCCACGAUGUAGCGGCGGCGACGACGGCCAAGCGACGCCAAGAUUGCCACACCGAUUACGAUUGCCACAACUACGAUAACUACGAUAGCUACGAUACCUGCGAUAAUGGUAAUGGUAAUGGUAAUGACGACGAUGCCAAUGAUAUCGCUGACAACAAUGCUGGCCAGAGAAACGACGGAAAUGUGGCGCUGAUAUUAAUGAAUCAACGAAAUCUGUCUGAACAAUGGCGGCAGGACCACAAAGGCAACAGCAACAGCAACAGCAGCAGCGAUCUAUCUGCAGCAACUAAAACUUGCGCUGUCACAAAGAGCCCGCAGAGUGGCAAUGAGCAGCAGCAGCAGCAACGACAACCAACCCAAAGACUUAGCAAUAGCUUGCAACAGCAACAGCAACACCAACAGCAACACCAACAACAAUUGCAACAACAAUUGCAGCAACAUAGCAAUAAGGAAAAUACACUAAGCUACGACAACAACAACAAGCCGCGCUGUAAUUAUUGUAAAUUACCCGACACCGCCGACGUGCCCCAAACGAACAGCACUACCAAUACCAAUACCAAUACCAACAGCAACAGCAACAACUCGAAAAUUGAUUCACCGAAGUCGUCGAAGAAUAAAAUGACAAUUACGACAGCAACAGCAACAGCAAACGUAUCUGCAACAGCAACAGACCUAGCUGCCACAGCCUGCGAGUGUGGGCUGACAACAACAGCGGCAGCAGCAGCAGCAGCAGCAGCAGAAGAGUUUGUGGGUGCUGCCACAGAAGUGCUGUGCAACGAUAAAGCAACAUUGACAGCAGCAACAACAACCGCAACAGCAACAGCAACAACAGCAACACCUAAGCCCCGCAUUGCAGCGCGUCCGACCACGCCCAGCCGCCUCAAGACUGUGAUCAAAACGACAAUGGUGAAGCGUAGUCCUAGCCAUGACUCAACGCAGGCCAUGCCGACGCCGACAACACAUGUGCAGCCAAACAGCUGCAACAGCAACAACAAAAGUAACGGCAGCAACAUCUGCAACAGCAACAACAUCGCCCAUGACGAGCCCAGACGUUCGGUUAGGGAGCGCAUCGCCGCCUUUGCGGCAGGAAAUGAGUCGCCACAGCAGAUUGGUGGAGCCCCGGCGGCGCGGCAUCAUGACAAAGUCAAGAAGUUAACUCAAAUGCAGUGCAAUGGAAAUGGCAAUGGCAAUACAAAUCAAAACAACAUGACAAGCGAUGUGAAAAGUGCAAUUAGCAGUGGCAGCCACAACCAGAGCCAGAGCCAAAGCCAGAGCAGCAGCAACAACAGGAACCUCCAACAUCAAACGCUUAUCAACGGCAAGGCGACGACGCCGCCGGCAACAGCAAUAGCAACAGCAACAGCAGGAGGAGUAAGAGAAGAUGCAACAACAGGAGGAGAAGGAGCAGCCAGUGGUGCAACAGAGGGAGCAGCAAAAAGUGCAACACAAGAAGGAGCUGGAGGAGGUAGUACAACGUCAGGCCGCACGUCGGCUAUCGCCACUGACGCGACGCGCUACAAAUCGGGAUUAAGUGAUGCGGCGGCCAGCGGAGGAGACGUUGAUGGCAAGACGAUGGCCGCAACUUCAUCUGCCACAUCAGCAGCCACAUCCACAUCCACAGCCACAGCCACAUCCACAUUUGUGCCAGCUGCUGCAAGCGUUUUUAGCACCGGUUGUGCAACCAUGCCUCGCACUCGCCAAUACGGAAGCAGUGCCACAGCCGCUGCAACAGCAACAGCAGCAGCCACAGGAGCAACAGGAGCAACUCCAUCCAACACCAUGACAGCUGAUAAGAAAUUCUUAAGCCAGGCGGCGCCCGUUGCCACACUGGCCUCCACGGGUAACACUCUGCAUCAGGGGCAUCAUAAACUGCAAUUUGUCGAUAAGGCCGAGUCCAAAUUGGCCGCAUUGGACAAUCUGGAUUUGGCGCACAGUCUCGACCUGAUGGAUGUCGAUGGCGAUGAUCCGUAUGGGGCAUUGCAGGAAUAUCUGGAGCGUGUCAAGCGGGAAAUCAAUGAGGUCUUCGAGCUGCGCAAGGUCCAGCGCCUCGAGCAGCAGCUCCGCGAGCAACUGGAGGCAGCCACCGGCAUGCCGCUUGAUGAAUUGUCUCGUUCCACGGAAUCAGAUAGCGGCUUUGACAGCAGCAGCACCACAGCAACCCACUGCACCACAGGAAAAGGAGCAUCCGCAACAUCCACCAAACCAGUGACAACUAAACUAAGGCCAUUGUCGCCGCCGCCGCACGGUGGACACUGCACCAGCACCACCUCCUUUGGCGCUGCCGCUGCUCCACCUGCCCAGGUCGAGGAUGUCAACAUUUGGGCCUUCAAAUUUCUACGUGAUCUGGACAGCCUGAUGGCCGGCGAUAAGCUGCCACCGCAUCUGGCUGCCCUAGCUGCCUCCAGCUCCGGAUCGGCCUCCUCCAACCACCACUCGCCCACAGCCAGGACAGCGCCUAUGUUGCUGUCAGCAGCAGCAUCGGCGGCCAUCCAGAGUCGCCUUGGCAAGGGCUCAUCCAUCAUGGAACAGCAGCAGCAACAGCAGCAACAGCAACAGCAGCAGCAGAACGGACUUGUCUUGAAACCGGAGAAGCAUGCCACCAUUCCACUGCAAUCGUUUAACCUUGAUUGCGGACGCAGCGAAGCGACGAUGCUGCCAGCAGCCGCCAAAUCGAAUGUUGUCCACUAUAUGCGCAUCCUCUCGGCCCCGAAUGGCUAUCAUGGAGGAGCUGCAGCCACAGUCGUGGCUCAGAGCCAGCGCAAGAGUCUGGCUGGGACGACAUUUAAUGGCCAUGCCAUGGAGACGCCGACAACACCGACGACACCGCCGGCUCAUAAGCUGACAAAUUUCCAAAGUGCAUUGAAAAUCGAGGAGCUGGCAGCGGCGGCAACAGGUGAACCAUCGACAGGGACCACCAUCGAGGAUUUGAAAUCUAGGCGACAGCGUCAAUUGAGCAGCGGCGACAUGGAAACAAUGCCAAUGCAGACCCCGACGACGAUUGCGGCGGCAUCUAUGCCCAUGUCGAUGCCAAAACGGGUGGGCAUUAAUCAUGCGAGCACGGGCUCCUCCUCGUUGACGAACAGAAACGCCAUAACCCCACCGCCAGCAUCCGCAUCGGCUGGACCUGGAGUUGGACCUGGACCUGCAGCCACGACAGCGUCGACGAAAGGUACGGCCACGCCCGGCUAUUUGGUGGAUGUGACCAAAAAAGGAUCCACAUCGACAAUUUGGACAUCGGAGGAGUCCAUACUCCGCAGCGUUGGCGCCGUCGAUGAAGACAAUAAUUCCACUUCGUCGUCGUCGGCCUGCGAGGAGGCGACAGGUGUUCUCAGUUCCGGCAAGUCGGGCAUCUCCCUGGACUCCUCUGGACUGGACAACGACAACAACGAGAGCGGCAUUGGCACAGCCACCCCGCCCAAGGACAUGUCCCACUGGAAGAGCCACCAUCUGCAGCACCAUCACCACCACCACCACCAUCAUCAUCGAGCGGGAGACCGUAGUGGCCCGGACAACGAGUCGGUGAGCAGCCUGGAUGCCCUGCGCAAGAUGAAGUUCCAGAAGAGCGGCUCGGUGGCCUCCUCCGAUGAUCCCGAUCUCCUGGAGGUGCUCAGCCAGUGCGGCAGUGGCGGCGAGGCGGAGGCAGCCAACGAGUCGCAGGACGAUAUGCUGGAUGAGGCGGAGGCCGUAAAACAAAAGUCCGGUGGAAAGCCCAGCGACUACGACGAGUGCCACGACGAGUUCGAGCUGGGGCAGCACAUCUGCGACUGCGACUGCACCGACGGCGAUGCCAGCAGCGCCAGCGGCGGAGGCACUGCCUCCAUGGCCACUCCCGUGGUGCUGCGCCGCAAGUACAUCGCCCCGCCGCCCAUCCUUGUGCCCUGCGGCGGCCGCCAGCGCAGUCAGCGGAGCCACUCCCUGGACCACUAUCACCAGCAGCUCCACCUGAUGCAGCCACGCAAGCUGUUGCCCCGCAAUGUCAAGGAGCGGGCCCAGCUAUCCCUGGCCCUGCGACAGGAGCCCUUCCAGUCGCUGCUGUCGCCCACGGCCACCACGGUCACGCAGCUGCAUCACUUCGUGGAGCUGCCCUCGCCGAGCAGCGCCUCGCUGCACAGCAACCUGGGCGACUCGGGCGGCAUACCGGAGCUUACCACCAAGUCCAACUCUGCCCCACUGCUGCUCAAGGAGCGCGAACUGAGCAGACGAUACGACGACUUUGCUGCACACCAUUUGACGCUGCGCUAUUCCCGUUCGCAGAGUGAUCGCUAUUUAGCAGAAAUCGAAGCCGUAGAAGCCUGCAAAUGGCUGCGUGCUGCAGGUUUUCCGCAGUAUGCCCAGAUGUACGAAGAUCAUCAGUUCCCGAUCGAUCUAAACAAUGUAGCCAAAGAUCACACCAAUCUGGAGAACGAUCAGCUGCAGUCCCUGUACAGGCGGCUCUGUGUCCUCAAUCGCUGUGCCACCAUGCGGCUGGAUCAGUCGCACAAACCGCAAACACCACAGCAAAAGGAGGAAUCCGAUGAUGAGAACUUCGCCUUGAGCGAGAACUGGACAUUCCAACCGCACAUUCGACGCUGGUCGCGCAUUGGGGAGAUGGGCCUAGAGCUGCCGCCACCGGGUCUCCUCAAUCUGGAGAAGACCGAAAGCUCCUCGAAGGAGUCCAGUCCCGACCGGUUCGAGGACGACGGCUACGAUAUGGGCGGUGCUGGCAUCACCCUCAUGAUCCCCGGCUGCAGCAAGACCUCCACAGGCACCACCGAUGGCUCCUCCCUGGGCGAUGGCUCCGAUUCGGCCGGGCGGUUGCGGCGCACUGGCAGCGAACGCAUCAAGGACGGCGCCAAGGCCUUCCUGCGACGCGUCGAGUCCAUCAAGUCGCGACGGCGCAAGCGCCAGAACCGGGAGAACGUGGUCAUCAGUGGGCCCCAGGUGCUGGAUCUCUCGCAGCUGGGCCAGCGGAGCAGCCUCCGCAAACCGGAUGCAGUCUACUCCACCCCGCCCUCCCCCUCGGCCCUGAGCCCCAUGCACACAUUCCCCAAGGCGCCGUUCUUCGGCAACGAGCUGAAGGUGCCCAGCCACAGCGAGAACUUCCUCAGCCCCAACCGCGCCAGUCCCAAGCGUACCCCGACCACGCCCCGCUCGAUGCGCACCAGCCCCCUGCACUUCUUCUCCAAUCCGAUGACCCAGCUGAAGGAGGGCAAGUCGGACGACUCCUCCUCGUACUACAGCGACAGCCAGGAGUCGUCGACGGGGGGCAAGCUCUCGCUGCGAAAGCCCUCGAAGACGCGCCGCUUCCUGCAGCGCUCGGGCAAGGUGGACGACAUCGGUGCCCACUCGGAUUCCGAGUGCCACCAGGGACGCAAGCUGCUCAUCAAGGAUGCCAACUCCAACACGACGGAAGUCAAGAUCAAGAAACUCACACGUGGCGGCUCCCUGAACCUGGGCAAAGACGUCAAGAAACGGGAUGGUUUCCGCACAUCCUCGUUCCGCUCGAGGAGCACCACCCGCAAGGAGCAGAAGAACGAUGAUGAGCAGGGUGGUGGCGUUGGCGGUGGCGGCGCCAGUAACGGGGGAUCGAAGCGGCAGCCGGUGGUGCGCUGGCACAGCUUCCAGAUGGAGGAGCGCCCCAAUAUGAUAUUCCGCAAGUGCUUCUCCAAGAAGAUCGAGCCGGUGCAAGAGGACGCAGGCAUUCCAUUUGCCGCCAUGUCGGCAGGUCAAUUACAAAUCAUUCGCAAGCUGGCCCUGGUCACGCUCACCGGCCACAUGGAGCGGUACUGUCCCACCCAUCGCUCCGGCUGGAACUGGGAGCUCCCGAAGUUCAUAAAGAAGAUCAAGAUGCCCGACUACAAGGACAAGAAGGUUUUCGGCGUCCCCCUCCUGCUAGUCCUGCAGCGCAGUGGUCAGACCUUGCCCAUGGCCGUGCGGGCAGCCUUCCGGUGGCUCCAGCUGAAUGCCCUGGACCAGGUGGGCCUCUUCCGGAAGAGCGGCGGCAAGUCGAGGAUCAUCAAGCUGCGCGAGCAGAUCGAAGUGAGCGACUCGACAGCCGAGUGCAUGGAUGUGUUCGAUCUGCAGCAGGCCUACGACGUGGCAGACAUGCUCAAGCAGUACUUCCGCGAACUUCCCGAAUCUCUGCUAACGACCAAGAUGUCCGAGACAUUUGUGGCCAUCUUUCAGCAUCUGCCAGCGGAGGUGCGCCUAGAUGCCGUUCAGUGUGCCGUGCUCCUGCUGCCCGAUGAGAACAGGGAGAUCCUGUACGUCCUGCUCGAGUUCCUCACCAUUGUAGCCGGAAACUCGUGCCAGAACCAAAUGACCAGCAACAAUCUGGGCGUGUGUCUGGCCCAGUCCAUCUUCCACUCGUCCAUUUCCACCGGAUCGGCCUCGGUCUCCGCCUCACCCCGCCGCAAGGGCAAGGGCACCGGCAUGCCAGACAUGAAGGAGCUGGCCGAGGCGAAGGCCUCGCACGAGUGCCUCUCCUUCAUGAUCGAGCACUACAAGCAGAUCUACACAGCCGGCAAGGAGAAGCUGGCCAAAUGCAACUUCAGCUACAUGGAGGAGUCAAAGCCGGUGCCCCUGGAGGCCCUCGGUGAGGGCAUGCAGUUCCACAACUGGCGGGGCUACCUCUACGAGUGCACCAGCGCCACCAUCAAGGAGGGUCGAGAGAAAACCCGUGGCUGGUUCAGCAUCAACUCCCCGAAUGACAGCAGUGUGGACAUCGCCUACAAGAAGGUGGGCGAUGGCCAUCCCCUGCGCCUGUGGCGUUGUUCCACGGAAAUCGAGGGACCACCGCGAGAGGUGCUCGAGUACGUGAUCAAGCAACGCGCCUCCUGGGACAUAAAUCUGCUGCAGUGCCAGACAGUCAAGAAGUUGGACGAUCGCACGGAGAUCUAUCAAUACGCCCUCGAUGGGCAGCUAACAACCGACUUUUGUGUCUUGCGUUCAUGGCAAACGGAUCUGCCACGUGGUGCCUGUGUCAUUGUGGAGACCUCCAUUGACAAUGCCAAGGCCAAGCCCUUGUAUGGAGCUGUGCGCGGCGUGGUCCUUGCCUCUCGCUAUCUCAUCGAGCCCUGUGGCAGUGGCAGAUCUAGAGUAAUGCAUUUGGCCAGAGUGGAUGUCAAGGGUAAAACACCUGAGUGGUACAACAAGAACUACGGACACAUUUGCUCCCACUACCUGUCCCGCAUACGCCUGGCGUUCAAGCAAGUGGCCGAUGGACCCGAAAGCAAGGUCUAGGCUAAAAUAUAUAUAUAUACAUAUAUAACACACACACAGAUUUACUAUACAUAUAUAAACAUAUGCCGAUUUUUUCGGCGGAUAUUCGUUGUACUCGUUGUCUGUCGCAAAUUGACGCAUUUAUUACAAAAGAAAAAAAGAAAAAAAAAGCAUACAAGAGGAUGGAUAGCCCCCAGUUCGAACAACCCAACGAUUACACAAUUAUCCAAUAAUACCCACGGACCAUAAAUGAGCUUAAAGAUAGCCAGAAGAAGAGAGAAUAUAUUCUUGUAAAUACUUAGUUAUGUAGUAAUGUCUAAAAGAAAGUUUUUUUGAAACGUCAAUAAUGUUUUCGGUUUAAAUCUACGUAUAGUUUACUGUAUUAUAUUUAUACGUGGUCCUAAUUUAUACGCAUACGCAUACGCAAACGCAUAGCUGUACGACGAUACAAUUGAAAUCUAACAUCCAAAAUACUCAAUACACAAAUAUCACAAAAUAUCUGUAAACGAUUUCUCUUGCUAAAUCUUACGGCACCCGCCAGCCCCACUCCCAAAUGUCUUUUAAUGUUAAUUAGUUUUUAAUAUCGGCAAUAUGUCUAACAAUAUCUGUGUCUCCCCUUAGGAGAGCGUGAAUUAUUUCUGGAAAAAAUGGAAAAACCUUAAGGAAUGAACCUUAAAACGUGUAAAGCAAAUUCAAACUAGUCAAAUUUUAUAAAUUUAAGUUAAACUACUACUAACCCCAAACACACUCACAUUAAGCAAAGGUCUUUGCCACUCAAUAGUUUUGUCCAGAGUUAAUGAUUGAUUGAUUGAUUUAAAACGAUAGAAUACAUUUGAUUGAUUGAUUGAUUGUUUGAUACAAUAAUAAACUGUAAUGUAAAUUAAAUGUGUGUUAAGAGAAUAAAAUAUAUAAUUAUAAAUAUCUAAAUACAUACGAUGUACUAUUCGCGUUAUUAUCCUUAUCAGUAGUUUUACGGAAAAGCAUUAUAUGAUAACUCAAAUACAUAUACAUAUAAAGCAUACAAGAAACCGCAAUAAAAGUACAUGCUAUGGAAAUGCGACAAAAUAUUAUA